AUGAUACGCCACCAGACCGGCAUGCCUUACGGUGGCGGCUGCGACGACCACAACCUAGAAGCGCAAAUUGAAACCCUGAUCCAAGCUGCUAUUCCUCAACGUAAUGAUCCUCUUACUUCUAACUCUACAGUUAUUGAUUCUACUUUGUUCUACACUCGUCUUCUCCUUCUUCAUAUUUCUUCUGCUGGGAACAUGGAACUUAAAGAUUUAAAAUGUUCCCAAAAGACUACUAGUAGUGUUAAAGCUCAAGAUGAUACUGGUAACGGUUGUGGGAUAGAGAUACCAGGUGAUACAGUUGCGUACCAAGGUAAAAAGAUUAAUCUCGUAAUGAAAAAGCACAAAAAGAGAAGUCUUGAUACAAAGUGUGGCGAAGGUGGUCAAUUACUGGUUUGUGAAGCGGUUACUGGCCCACUAUUGGUUCCUGAAAGUUGUAUUGGUAUGACGACUAACAUUUAUCCUAAGCAUACAUCUGGAGUUGAUCCUUGCCAUAAUAAAUAUAUAGAUGAAACUAACGAUAUUGUACAAUGUAGAGCACCUUUUUGA